UGCUGAGUUAAGGGGAACACAGGCAUCUGAAGCAUCAUGACGUUCACAGCUGUUAGGUGAUUUUGUACUGACCUGGUAAGACAGUGUAAGAGGCAGGGCAAAAACAGACAGAUUAGUAAAAGAAUUAUCAGCAGAGUAACAAGGAGCCAGAGUCAGUGAUCACCAAUCAGGCAAAGUAUUUAGCUGCUGUAAAAAGUGAAGGAAGAACACAAUGAUUGCCAAGACAGUAAAGGCAAUGUAAACAUGAAGAGCACAAUCAUGAUGGAGGGUCUCCAGGUUGGAGGGACACAGGUUAGGCAUUAGCUUUGUUUUUCUGUUUAAAUAGGUAUAUAAAGUCCUUCACAGGCUCGCAGGUCCAGUUGUUCUGUUGUGGUUGCUCUUGUUUCAGAGGAUCUUCUGGGGAUGGUGCAGGUUUGAGGCAAGUGUGAUGCACGCAAGCUUGGAUGAUUUCGAGUUUAGCUGCCAACUGGGUGGCUAAAAGAACAGUGUACAGUCCAGUCCACCCAGGUUCAAGGGGCUCCGCUUUCCAGGUUUUCAGCAAAACCUGGUCACCAGGCUAAAACAGGUGAAGAAGCUGGGCAUCAACAGAUUAUUUCUAAUGGCUGAGAGCAUGACUGUGAAUAGAAGAUAGGACACCAAAGACAACAAGUAUUUUCGGAAAGUGAGCUCCUUGGUGACAGAAACCUGAGUAUUGGUUGAAGCACCUUUUCUGCUUCCAUGACAACCCUGCAGGGACCACAAAACACCACACCAGGGGCUGACUCUAGUGUAUCCCAGAUGGGACAGCCUGCUGCUCUACACUUGGAUCCGUGGAAAGGGAUGUCAGAGAAAAGGGUACUCAGGAUCUUCGGGGUUGUCCAGAUCUUGAUUGCCUUGAUAAACCUCAGCUUGGGAAUAACAAUACUGUGUGUCUCGUUGCUAUUUGAUGAACCAGCACCCAUUUCAGUAUACAUGGGUUACCCAGUAUUGGGGUCAGUAAUGUUUAUUGUUUCAGGGGCCUUGUCAAUUGCAGCAGGAAAGAGAGAUACAGAAUGUCUGGAUGAAUGUACCCCAGGACUGAAUUGCCUCAGCUCAAUCACGGCUGCCAUAGGGAUCAUAAUCAUUGCAUUCAGCUUGAGUUCUUUUUCAUUCCACCAUUUUCCCUGUGAUUCUAAUCCGAUGAGUGAAAACUGUGCAAUAAACAGGUCCAUCUUAGUGUUUAUUGUUUCAGGGUCCUUGUCAAUUGCAGCAGGAAAGAGAGAUACAGAGUGUCUGGAUCAAGGUAGCCUAGGACUGAAUAUCAUCAGCUCAGCCAUGGUCACCACAGGGAUCAUACUCAGCCUCAAUAGUUUUUAAUUCAGCUACCUUCAUUGUGACUAUAGUCAGACGCCAGAAAUUUGUGCUAUGAACAGCUCCAUGUUAAUGCAUGCUUUUCCUGCCUCGGAGUGACAACAGUAAAUCCAAGAUGCUCUCCAAAAUGACUUUAGACCGUGGAUAUGAAGAACCAUUGACUUCUUAGAAAAAAUGGGAAAAUAUUUGCCAGAAAAUUGAUGUUUAUGAUAAUAUAUGACAUCUAACUAUUACACGAAAGCAAAGUUUGAGUUCCCUGAAAUGCAAGCCAUUUUUAAUGUAACGAACAUUAAAAAAAAAAAAAUCUUUGUUUUUUGUCAUUGAAUAUAUGUGUUCAGUGGGGGUCUCUUGAUUUCCUUGAAGUUUGCUUCACCUAAAGGUCAGAAAUGUAAAUUACUAUUUACUAGACCAAACAAGGAGUCCUGGUUGUGCAAUGGUGAAGCACUUGGCUGAUAACUGAAAAGCUGGUGGUUGGAACCCACCCAGCAACUCUGUAACUGGAUGGGAAUGGGUCCUGCCUGGUGCAAUCCCUUGAGUCAAUUAAGAGACACCAGGUCUUUGAGAAAGACAAAGCGGACUUUAUUGAAAACAGGUCAUGCAAGGAGCUUGGAGACUAAGUCUCAAAUCAACCUCCGCAAGGUUGGGGAUUUUAGGGCAGUUAUAGGGUUCAGGAUAGGGAACUUGUGCACAAUUCACGAAGUCUGGGACUAGGUGGGCAAUUUCAGGAACUAAUUAACAUGUAUGGGAUGCAGUGGGGGUGCAAUAUGACAGCUGAGAAUAUGAUAAAUGAAGUUUAUCUAAGGCCAGUUUUUGAGCUUAUCACUCAUGUCCAAAUGGAGGGUGGCAGUUGAUGAGUAGUGAAGCAGACUUGAGCAGAGAAGCAGUUAAGAUGACUUUGUGUUGUUACACAGAAAUGCCUUAUCAGCAACUCACAGGUCCAGGGGGCAGUGAUGUGAGAAGGGGGAACAGUUUAACCCUAUCAGUUACAUUCCCUCCUCUGGUUUUCAGGGUCUUCAAUCUUGAAGCUAGGUCUUUAUGUAAGUGCUGGUCCAGACCUCCGGAACUUUUGAGCUUGCUGACCAGUAUAAGAAUGUGCACUGUAGGAUCUGAGGUUUGUUAAGUGAAGGGGAACCCAGUUGGAUGCCUGAAGCAUCAUGAUGUUCACAGCUGUUAGGUGAGUUUGAAUUGACCUGAUAAGACAGUGAAAGUGUCAGGGCAAAAAAGACAGCUUAGUAAAAGAAUGAUCAGCAGAGUAACAAUGAGCCAGAGCCAGUGGAAAUUGGGAAACGGGGAAGUUCUCUGUGACCACCAAUCAGAUGGAGCUUUUCCCUGCUGUAAAAGAGAAGGAAGAACACAAUGAUUGCCAAGGCAGUAAAGGCCAUGUAAACAUUAAGAGCACAAUCAUGAUGGAGGGUCUCCCAGUUGAAGGGGCACAGGUUAGGCAUUAGCUUUGUUUUCCUUUGUAAACAGAUAUUUUAAGUCCUGCACAGACUCACAAGUCCAUUUUUUAUGUUGACGUUGUUCUUGUUGCAGAGGAUCUGACGUUGUUCUUGUUGCAGAGGAUCUUCCGGUGCAGGUUUGAGGCGAGUGUGAUGCACUGAAACUUUGAUGUUUUUGAGUUUAGCUGCCAAGUGAGUGGCUAAAGAACAGUGUACAGUCCAGUCCACAGGGGUUCAAGGGGUCCCGUUUUCCAGGUUUUCAGCAGAGCUUGGUCACCAGGCUAGAAUAGGUGAAGCUGGGCAUCAACAGAAUAUUUCAGAUAGCUGAGAGCAUGCCUGUGAAUAUAAGAUAGGCCAUCAGACAGAGACAACAAAUAUUUUCAGAGAGCAAGCUCCCCAGUGGCA